CAACUUCAAGUGGCCGAGCACGUUCAAUCCCACUCUCUCCCCCCGAUAAGCAAGUACAAAGCCGGUUUUGCGCUUAGUAUCUGCUUCAGUAUUUUCUCUUUUUAGUAGGAAAUAUUUGCUAUGGCUGCACCGCUGAAAGUUUGUAUCGUAGGGUCAGGAAACUGGGGCUCUGCAAUUGCAAGGAUCAUUGGCAACAAUGUACAGAAAAUCCAGCGCUUUGCCACCACAGUCAAGAUGUGGGUGUAUGAGGAAAAUGUAAACGGUAGGAAGCUAACUGACAUCAUCAACACAGACCAUGAAAACGUCAAAUACCUCCCAGGUUACAAACUUCCAGACAAUGUGGUUGCAGUGCCUCAGCUGCGAGAUGCUGCUGAAGGAGCAGACUUACUGGUCUUUGUGGUGCCACAUCAGUUUAUCCGAAAGCUGUGUGAUGAGAUGGCGGGCUGUGUUUCUCGGAAGGCCCGUGGAAUUACUCUCAUUAAGGGCAUUGAUGAGGGACCUGAGGGACUGAAACUAAUCUCUGACAUCAUCAGGGAAAAGAUGGGCAUUGAUGUCAGUGUUCUAAUGGGGGCCAACAUUGCUAAUGAGGUGGCAGCUGAGAAGUUCUGUGAAACUACUAUUGGGAGCAGGGUCUUGGAGAAUGGACUACUUUUCAAAGAACUUCUGCAGACACCCAACUUCCGCAUCACUGUUGUGGAUGAUGCUGACACGGUGGAGCUGUGUGGAGCCCUGAAAAACAUUGUGGCAGUGGGUGCUGGCUUCUGUGAUGGCCUGCAGUGUGGAGACAAUACCAAGGCAGCUGUAAUCAGGCUGGGACUGAUGGAGAUGAUUGCGUUUGCCAAACUCUUCAGUAAAGACGAUUCAGUGUCCUCCGCCACCUUCCUGGAAAGCUGUGGAGUAGCCGACCUCAUCACCACUUGCUAUGGUGGACGCAACCGCCGUGUGGCAGAGGCCUUCGUCAAGACUGGCAAGAGCAUAGAGGAACUAGAGAAAGAGAUGCUGAAUGGCCAGAAGCUUCAAGGGCCCCUGACCUCUGCUGAAGUUUACCAUAUUCUCAAACAGAAGGGCCUUGUUGAUAAGUUCCCCUUGUUCACGGCAGUGUAUCAGAUCUGCUUUGAGGGAAAACCAGUUCAGGAUAUGAUCUGCUGCCUGCAGAGUCAUCCAGAACACCUCUGAGAGCCUCUCAGAGAUCUGCAGUCAUGGUGGCUUCACCACCUUGACCACCAGCGCCUCUGCCUUCUCUCCUAUGAGUAGCCUUGUCUCUCUCUCUUCCUCAGCGUUACGUACUCCAUAUUGAAACCCUCACUCCGGCCUUCCGAUCUCCUUUGGCCCAACACUACUCCUACACUGGGGUGUUGUUCUCAGGGUUAAGUUAUGAACAGGUCAGGCAGUGGCGAAAUAAUAUAUAUAGUUGUUAGUUGUGUUAACAUUGACUCACUAAGUUCACUAAGUACAUGAAUAAUUUAGAGAUAUCUUCUAGAUGGAGCAUGAAGCCAUACAUGAUAUCUACUCUUGCAUUGUAUUUUUUUUUUUUUUCUUCAAUCUUACUCUCUUUUGACUGCCCUCUUGUGGAGGGUUUAUAAUAACUACUGUAUGAAAGAUGGGAAGAACUUUAACCUUAAAUGCCUCUUUUUUAAUCACCACUAACAAAGCUAAUGUCAUAUCAUUUUUUCCUUCACAGCCUUGCAAAUUAAAGCUGCCUAAUGCAGUCUUUGUCCAGCAGGUAGUGAUAACGAGCAGUUGUGGGUCAGAUCCAGUGACUGUCACAUUUUCCUAUGUUCUGCUGAAGGCAGGGCAAGUUUGCUGCUGACACGCUCACUGGAGAAGACAUUUUACACAGAAAUAUGCAACUUUUGGGGACCAUUUUGUUGCUCAGCACAUACUUUUUUCCCCUUUCUGGUCAAAGACUUUAUUAGACAAGUUUAAUACAGAUACCCAUAUCACUCUACUCUGACAUCCCUGUUGAACCAGCAGUAUAAGAUUUACCUAGACAUUUUUAACCUUUUUAACAUUUUUAAACUUUUUUGAAGAGCCUCAAUUACUUUUACAUGUUAUUAUAUUAAAGGGGGCAUUUAUAAUUUCUUUUAAUCAUACUAUUUUUACCACUUUUUUCAGUGUUAAAUAGACACUGCCAUGUACACUACCUUUCUUCAGUUACUCUAGCAAAGGUUGAGAGAGACACAUAAAGUAAAAGGGGUCAAAGUAGCUUACAAAAGAAAUUAGUCCAACAAGAUAAACAUUUUAAGAUGCCUUUAAAGCUCUUUUAAACGCUCUCCAAAUAGUAUUCGAGAAUGGUCUGCUUGGAAAAAAAUAGCUUUGAUUUCUGUCAUUAGUUGGUUGUCACUAUAGCUCUCUGUAUGUGGUAUCCUCUGUUGCUCAGAAAGGGGCUAAUGUUUGGUCAGUUUUGCGUUCUGCACAUUAUUUUAGGAAGCAAGGGAAUAUAGCUGUGGUUAAGUACACAAUAUCCGUCUUGAAUUAUGCUUUUUUUUGUGAGAAAUGGUCAAAAAUGUAAUUGAUCUAAAAAUAUUUGAGCUGGUUGUAAGACGUUACAAAAUCUAGUGCGCACAAAUAGAUGAACACAACUAAACACCGUGUCAUAGUCCUAGUACUUGAUCAGCUACAGACAUUGACUGAUAAGUUUCUUAGUUUAUAACAAGAAAGGGUUAUUAAUUUUCACCUGAUCAUGUUACUUUUUAACAACUUACAAAUGAAGGGUUUCAUUCCAGAACGCAUUAUGUCACUUUGUUGAAUAUUUUUUCAUGAUCUACAUUGUUGGAAGUGAGGAAAUAUUAAUGCUAUAUUAUGAAGAACAUUUCCUUUAUUAGAGAAAAAGUCAUGUCAGCUGUUACUCUUUUCAAACCUCUUCUUUACAAAUAGAUAUACAGCAUUUUGGGAUAAAACUCUUCAAAUUAUCUGCACUUUGGUUUGAUUUCAGUGUUAUUUUAGUUUUAAUACUUUGUGGCAUAAACCUGAUUUGAAACACUUUUUUCCCUUCAGGUUUAUCCCCCCAAGGUCUGUGUAUUAUUUUCAUACAGCUUUGUCUUCAGUCUACUGUGAAGCAAAAUUUGUUUUCUGUCUUUUGAGUGACUAUUAGGAUAAUCAAAGAACAGCACAGAUAUUUGCUCAGAGAUGCUCACAAAUAUUUCAACACAUGUAAUAGCAUAGUCAGAGCCAGUUAGAUGUGUCUGUGUUAUGUUUCCUAUGCUCUGACUUCUCCUCACCCUACAGUUUUAAUAGUAGUGUUUCUAGCUAGUUAAUCUAAAGGUGUUAGACUUCAGUCUCUCCCUUUAGUGACUUGGUCCAUGUAGCAGAGGUGUUGACUGACAUAAUGUACAGGUUGCUUUGUGUUGCCUUUUACGUAGCUUUUAAAUCAAACCAUCUUGUAUUGCGUUGUCUAUGUGAAAGUCAGGUUUUCUGUCCAGGUAAUGUGAUGUCAUAUGUUUAUGAAGAUGAAAAGUGGAAUGAGUGUUGCUUGGGAGAGUAAACAUUCACAUUUAACAUAACAUUGUGUAGUUUGACUUUUUAAUAAAGUUUACAUAGAAAAGCAUAAUUAA